UGACAAGAUGACAAUACAAGACUCGAAUCAACCUGGUUUUCCAUCAUCAAAAUCAUGGGAGAAUCCCCUCGGGUGAAGAAAUCCUUUGUUGCGGCCACCAGGUUUCUGGAUCCUGUCCUUCAGAGAGAGGAAAUCCAAAAACAUCGUGGAAAGUCCCUCUUGGACAUUCUGCUCGGCGCUACCAUCCCAGAGACAGGUGGAGAUGAUGUCUCGAAACGGAGGACUGUCAUUGGCAAGGCCUUAGAAAUUCUGGACUCCGUUCAUACCGCUUUUGUGACGCCACUGACUGAUGCCGAUAAAGAGGCCAUCAGUCAAAGUGCUGGAGACACAGAGGAUGCUGCGCUCGAAGAUGCUAAGCGACGGCGGCUCCUUCAUGCCCUCCUGGACUUAAUCUCUCUUGAGGGUAUCUACCCGUCGCUCUCCGGGGGUGUUGCGAUCCCGCUUCAGAAAAGAGUCAUAUCGGUCCUGCCCGCAGGCGUUAUCGCCCAGCAGGAUCAAGCCCCGGUGCAUGAAAAGCCGCAGGACGAAACCCUUCUCGAGCAGAUUAUGCUAGUACUCACAACUAUAGUCUUUGACUCACGACCGAGCAUACAGCCUGUGGUCCGUGGUCGGAUCCUGAGUGAUAUGGUCAGCGGCCUUGCGGACCUAGGUCACAACUCGAUUGGAUUAUCCGUUGAUAAUCAGACACAUUACCGACAUGGGCUCACAAAGCUGAUUGAAGAAACCUCGAGCACGGUAGUUCUUUCGACCCUAUCCCCCUUUCUUCAGUCGGAUCCGGCCCCGUGGUUCAAAUCGGUCGUUUCGGGGUUUUUGUCUCGGGUCCCCCUGCGACCAGACGGGGUCUUGCAAACCAUGAUCUUUCUGGCUUCUCAACUUGCACCCUCCCUGGGAGUUGAGUCGCAGACUCAAGCGUCUAAUGGUCCCCAUUUCACCGUGCAGGCAAUCAUGCAAACGUCUCGCCUUCUAUCAUCCGUACCACAAGGAAUGGACCCGGAUGAGUACUUCACUACCGUAGCCCCACAGCUUCUCGACUUGAUAGAUGGCGAAGACCCGGAUCUGCGGAGGACCGCAGCAUACGUCGUUGGAAACGGCAUAUUAUCGAAGCGACCCUAUGGCUCUCGCGGCACCAUAGGCCACUCGAUCUUUCUAGUACCUAUAUUUGAGACGCUGACUGCCAGCCUCAGCCCGUCCUCAAGACUAUGGCUUACUAGUAAAGACGAAUCCAAUCAACCAGAGCAGGUGUUGGUAGAUGAUGCAGUACUGACGCUUGCAAUUGACAGACUAACUGCUCUGGUCCUCCAGCCUCCAAAUCCAGGCCUCGUCAAGCGGAUUGUCCACCCGGUGCUUCUUCCUCUCUGGGGGCUAGCUUGCUAUACGUUGGAACAUCAGCAAAAAGUUCUCCACGAAAAGGUACUGACCAUCUUGCAAGCAUAUUUCGGUUUAUCGGGCGGGCUGGAGCCACUGAAGAAGCUAGUGGAUAAUUUGCUCUGGGAUGGUGGACCGGCCUGGACUUACGGCAUGCAAUCUCAACACUCAAUUUCGCUGGUCAAACGUGAUUCGGCAGAUCUCAGCCGUAACAUCGUUCGGCUCGUGGACGACCUUCAGUCCCGUGCUAAGUUGUUCCUGAGUGUACUGGGUGCUGAUCCUAGUAGCGAGGAGAGGACGGGCGAUAUCUUCCUCUAUGUCAGCGAGCGUUGGCUCGUGAAACCCUCCAACGAACCAAAGGCACUCAACAGCCUGAAAUUGACACAGGAGGAGGAUGACUCCAGCAAUAUAAUCCAAAAAUUGAUCAGUGCCAAGCUGGCCGAGACACUCCUGGAUAACUUCAAGGAUACACUUUCUCGUCGCCCCCACAGGGUACUUGAGCUCAUUCAACAGAUCAUCGACGGCGAACUACACGGGGCCUACACUCACAAGAAGAAAGCCACCAAUACAACAUCCGGGAAAGUAUCUCUCUCAUCUCUAUCCAGCAUCGUCAACACCGAAGAAACCCAACAUGAAGCAAGCACGGAAUCAGAUUCUGCGGAAUCUUUGCCCGCCGUGUUCAGCUUGCUAUCGACAGUCCUCGCGUCUCCCGAAUUCACUACCUCUCCCGAAACAGUGCCAGUCCUUGAAAGCAUCAAAUCCAAACUAGACGAACUCAUUCCUUAUCUCCCUCCAUCGCUCUCCAAACCCGGCACAACCGCCUCCAUGCUCGCAGAGAUCCAACUCAUGUCCUCUAACGAGCAGAGCAGCAGCAGCAGCAGUAGUGCCGCCAAAACCAGCUCCGAGGUCUCCGACUUCGAAACCCAUCGUCGAGCACUAACCAACCUGAACUCCGACCUUCCUCCCAUCCAAGCCGAAGGCUUCUCCCUCCUCUCCACCCUCAUCAAGAAAUCUUCCCCAGUCCUCGACAUCCCGGCCACCCUAACCCUCCUCCUCUCCAUCCUGACCGACCCCUCCGACCAGCCCCUCACCAACGACGAAUUCGUCUACCUCAACGCCAUCAACCUCAUCGGCACCCUGGCAUCCCGCCACCCGCGCACCGUGCUCAAAACCCUCGUCGACCGCUACAUCGACCGCAACGAAGCCAGCGGCACGCAGGUCGACCAACGCCUGAAAAUCGGCGAGUCCCUGCUACGCACGGUCCAGGACCUCGGCGAAGCCCUCACCGGCGAAGCGGCCCGCCUCCUCGGCGAAGGGAUGAUCACCGUCGCAGGCCGGCGAGCGCACAAGCCCGAAGCGCAAAAAGCGCGUCGCGACCGCCUAGCUGCCGAACAACGCAAACAGGAGCGCGAAGCCCGCAAAAAGGCGCGAGAAGCGCAAGAAAUCGUCCUACCAUCCGGCUGGUCCCUGGGGCCAUCGUCCCCGGCACCACAAGCCACCGCUGACCCCAACAACACUCUUAUCGACGACAACGACACCGACGACGAGACCUCCCCCGAACAACUCGCGCAGUACGAGAACAUCAUCGCCGCGUGGGCCGCAGGCUCGAAAUCCGACGCAGAGCCAGACGAUCUCCGCGUGCGCGCCUCCGCGCUCUCCAUCCUCGCCACGGCGAUGCAAACGAACAUCCUGGGCCUGGGCCCCGCCAUCGUCGGCGCAGCGGUGGACCUCGCGCUCGCCACGCUGACGAUGGAGCCCGAGCCCGAGAGCGCGAUUCUGCGCCGCGCGAGCGCCGUCCUCCUGCUGGACGUGCUGAAGGCCAUGGAUGCCGUCCGCGAGGAGAAAGGUACCGAGGCGCUCGGGUUCGGGUUCUCGUUGGCUGAGCAGGGCGCCGAGAACCAGGCCAGGGAGUCCGUUGUCGGCAAUAUCCCGCGCAUGCUGCGCACGUUGCGGUUUGUGGAGAGCUGGGAAACGGAUGCGAUCGUCCGUGGUCAUGUGCGCGUUGUCGUUGAGAGUCUGGAGGCGUGGUUGGAGAAGGCGUUGAUGUGGGGUAUUGGGGCCGCUUCGAGGAGUGCUGGCGAGGACGAUGAGCCGCGGAUGGAGUUGGGAGAUCGUAUCGCUGGGCUUAGGAUUGAUCCGUUAGCUGGAAGGAGAGAAGCGAGUCUACGGCCGAGGAUCGAGGAGAUCGAGUAGUCUGGAUAGUCUGUAGGAUAGAUCCUACAUGUUCAGUAUCUAUUGGUUAUCUAUCAAACGGUUUUUUUUGUUGAG